ACGUAAUUCAGAGAGCUUGCGAUCGGGGAGCAUCGCAUCGUCAUCGUCGGUCUCGAAUUUUUCUUGGAAUGUGAAUAGUUAUCACGACUCUUGCAUUUUUUGAGUCGGCAAUGCAGUGGUGUGGUCUUCAUCAUGGCUGAAGAGCUCUUGGAGAUCCGGCCUCAAGAACUCAAGUUCGUCUUUGAGGUGAGGAAACAAAGCUCAUGCUCGAUUCAACUGGGAAAUAAGACUGAUCAGUAUGUUGCUUUCAAGGUUAAGACUACAUCUCCGAAGAAAUACUGUGUGCGACCAAAUAUAGGCAUCAUCAAGCCAAAUGGAGCAUCUGAUUUCACAGUUACCAUGCAAGCACCGCAGGUAGCUCCACCUGUCCUGCAGUGUAGAGACAAGUUUCUAAUACAGGGCACUAUUGUCCCUUUUGGGACAAGUGAAGAGGACAUUACCGUUGACAUGUUUGAUAAAGAAAGUGGUAAAUACAUUGAGGAGAGGAAGAUAAAAGUAGUCCUCGCCAGUCCUGUGGAAUCGCCAUCAUUGCUGCCAGUUAGUGGAGAGUGGAAGCAAGAUUCAUUAUCCGAGACUACCAUCCCAAAGUAUGUCUCACCUGCUGGAGUUGAAAAUGUAUCAUCUCCUCUCAGGGAUCCUGGUGGGUUGGAUGUGUCAGAGGAUUUUAAGGAGUUACAAUCAAAACUCAGCUUGGUGGAUUCAAAGUUAAAAGAGGCUGAACUUACAAUCAGUAGAUUAACAGAGGAGAGAAGUUUGCGGAAUCGGGAGAGGGAUGCACUUAAGCGUGAAGUGGAGAUGUUGAGGAAGACAGGUGGUAGAGCAAUUCAAGUGGGAUUUCCUUUCCUGUAUGUUUGUAUGGUCGCUCUUGUCGCCUUUGCAGUUGGGUACAUAGUCCAGCCAUAAGCUGAGAAGUUUUUGGUGGGCUUUAGGAGGUUUGUGUAUUUCUAGGGUUCAGCAUUGGAUUGGCUUAUUUUUCUUUUUCUUUUUGUUUUCUGCAAUUUCAUGUAUAAACUUGGAAUGCUUUGGUGUUUCAGCUGGAGAUGAUGUCCUCUCAAAAAUGUAUAUUCCUGAUUUGACUUUACUUUUAGUUGGAAAUAUCUUAAGUU